AUAUUUGAAAAUCAGUCUUUGUAGUUUCAGUUCAGUUUCAAGACGCGGCCGUAGUAGGUAAACAAAGUCAGCGCAGAGCUUGUGGUUAAUAUGGCUAUGGCACUCCAAAACACGAAAAUCCUCCCCAAAUCGACGUCAAUGGUGUCCAUGGAUAAUCGAUUCCUAUUGAAAUCGAUUCAUUCACCACCAUUUCGAUUGUUUCUGCCGAUUAAGCUAGGUUACAUACAAAGACAGCAAAUCGUGGGAGCUAUCGAUCCCAAAAUCAGUGGUGGUGGAGGUGGCGGAGAUGUUAAAAAGGCAGUUCCCAACGCUAAUUACGUGGUACCGUUUGAAACGGCUUCUUCUUGUAUCACCCGUCCACUUGCUGAGAUUCUUCGAGAUCUUAAUAAGAGGAUUCCUGAUAACAAUCUUAAACCUGAGGCUAAAGUUAUUCCAUGGUACCAUGCUAAUCGAAUGCUGAGCUUUUAUGCUCCAGGUUGGUGUGGUGAAGUGAGGGAUUGCAUCUUCGCUGAUGAUGGAAGUGUAACAGUUGUCUACCGUGUCACUAUACGAGGAUCUGAUGGAGAGGCUUAUCGUGAAGCUACCGGAACAAUAUUGUCUAGUGACCCUAAUACCGCUGAUCCAGUUGCUGCAGCAGAGGAGAAAGCUUUUGUCAAGGCGUGUGCUCGUUUUGGGCUCGGCUUGUAUUUGUACCACGAGUGAAAGCUUGAUGCUGCCGAGUUGUAAUUUCUUGCUGAGACUAAACCCGAACAAUGAAUUCAUGAUGGAUGCUAAAUGGUGGAGUAAUGGUGUUGAUGCUAUAAGACGGCAACUCCCAUUUCGAGCAAUUCUUUAGAGCAAUUUUCAGAGGUUAUAUUGUCCAUUGAUGUAGCAUUUAAGUAGUUCUGUUGUAUUUACUUGCACUUUUACAAUAAGUUUUCUUUUGCAGGCCAUAUUUCGAUUGUGUUGUGAUCUCAUUUAAGAGGCUUUUAUCUAUUUACGUAACGAAACAACAAAUGCUCUAGGAUAAGCUUAAUUCUUUAAGAUGAUUUUUGACAUUACAUAAGGGUUUGUUUGGCGACCGUUUUAAGUAGUUGUUCAGUGUUUAACAUGACUCAAACACUUUAGGUGCAUAUAUGUUUUCAUUUUUCAAGAACGUUACAACCUGUAGCGUUAUGGAAUUAAUAAUGUAGUUUUAUUUAAUUUCUUUUUCA